UUGAAAGAGAAAUUGGAAGCCGACAAAGGAGAGGUUUCAAAAACAAAACCUGUCCGAUUUAUACAUUAGUGUUUUAAUUGAAUUUUCCUUUAAUUCUUAAUUAUAAAUAAGUGAAAAAGAUGAGCGGUAGCGGUAUGCUGUAUGGGGGAGAUGAGAUCGGGGCGUUGGUUUUCGACGUGGGCCACCAUUCUUUCCGAGUCGGCUACGCGCAGGAGGACGCUCCGAAGGCGGAAAUACCGGCUGCGGUCGGGGUCAUCGAAGACGGCAACCAGAACCAGACCUUAAAGACGGAGGCCAUGGACACUGACAGGAAGCCGGAUUCGUCCAAUAUAUCUUCGACCACUUCGAACAAAUACUUCAUAGACACGACUAUAUUGAACGUGGCGAGGAAGGGUAUGGAAGUGCACAGCUACAUGAAAGACGGUAUGAUCGAAGAUUGGGACCUGUUCGAAAAAGUGCUCGACUACACGUACGCAAAGUGCAUCCAGUCCGACUCUGAAUUCCACCCAGUCCUCAUGUCCGAAGCUCCUUGGAACGUACGUCAGAAAAGGGAGAAGCUGACGGAGCUCAUGUUCGAGAAAUACAACGUCCCGGCUUUCUUUCUUGUCAAAAACGCCGUCUUGGCCGCUUUUGCCAACGGCAGGGCCACCGGCUUGGUCGUCGACAGCGGUGCGACUCACACUUCAGCGGUGCCUGUUCAAGACGGCUUCGUCCUUAGCCAGGCCAUCGUCAAAAGCCCAUUGGGAGGAGACUACAUCACAAUGCAGUGCAAACAGCUCUUGCAGGAGAAUGAUAUCGAAAUUGUUCCCACCUACAUGAUUGGCAGCAAAGAGCCAGUGAAAGAGCGAGAAAAAGGAAAAUAUACAAAAAAACGCAAUCUUCCAGAGGUGACUCAAUCUUGGCAUGCUUAUAUGGUUAAGAAAGUCAUUCAGGAUUUCCAGAACACUGUUUUACAAGUCUCCGAAACACCUUACGAUGAAAAAACUGUAUCUUCAAUUCCAUCUGCACAUUAUGAAUUUCCUCAUGGUUAUCAUCAGGAUUUUGGCAGUGAAAGAUUUAGGAUACCUGAGGCACUGUUUGAUCCCAGUGUGGUUCAAACGAGAGGAGGAUUAGUUGGAAAUACAAUGCUUGGCGUUGGGCACAUUGUAACAACAAGUGUUGGAAUGUGCGACGUCGAUGUAAGGCCUGCACUUUACGGCAGCGUAGUUAUCACUGGGGGCAAUUCUUUCAUCCAGGGAUUCACUGAACGAUUAAACCGAGACUUGUCCAUGAGGAUACCAGCGAGCAUGAGGUUGAAACUGAUAUCAGCCAACGGUUGUUCAGAAAGGAGAUUCGGUGCCUGGAUAGGUGGUUCGAUUUUGGCGUCUAUCGGUACAUUCCAACAAAUGUGGAUCAGCAGUCAGGAAUACGAUGAAUCGGGUAAAGGUCAAAUCGACAGAAAAUGUCCCUAGUCAGUAUCUAUAUUUUAAGAUUCUCAACGUUUUCUAUACAAACAGAAUUGUCAUUUGGCCAAUUUAAUUUUAUCUUUUAUGUAUUGGAAAUUUAAAAUAAAAUAAAUUCUUAAUUUAGUUUUAAAAGAAA